ACGCUGGCUGGGUCACAUCGUGUGUUAAGCUCUCCGCAGCCUCUCAGGAUGAGGUUUGAAGGUUUCUUCGCAACGCUACUGGUGCUAUGUGCCAUCUCUUAUUUCCCUGGAAGCUUACAGAGAGGUGUUGAAGGCAAUGCAGAUAUGUUACAGUCGAAUGAGCAGUUAGAUGAUGAUGGGUGGUAUGAACAGCUGCAAGAUAGGAAUACCACCGAGACGUCGACCACGCCCGACGAGUCGUCGAACACGCCCGACGAGUCGUCGAACACGCCCGACGAGUCGUCGACCACGCCCGACGAGUCGUCGACCACGCCCGACGAGUCGUCGUCCACGCCCGCCGAGUCGUCGUCCACGCCCGCCGAGUCUUCGACCACGCCCGCCGAGUCUUCGACCACGCCCGCCGAGUCUUCGACCACGCCCAACGAACCAUCACCUAAUACCCCACCAAACAAAGACAGCAGUGCCUUCUCAUUUGUAGGCAACUCAAUGCUAACAGUAGGUGCAACUGUUCUUACUCUAGUAAUCAGUUGGGGCCGAUAGAUUUGUCCUUGGCAAUGUCAUCUUCUGUUUCCAAAUUUUAUAUGCACCAGCUCCUUAUGCUUCUGUGAUAAUAUGUUACAAAAACGCUUCUGUCCUCCAUAAAUCUUCAUUUACAGGUUUCCAGAAUUCUGAUCUGUAUCUUUGUAUGUUAAAGAGAAACUUUUAUAUGUGCUCUGUUUUAAUUUUUGUAAGUUACUAACAUUUUAAUAUAUGUAUUUUCUCUACAUUAAAGUUUGCCUUCUUAUUGUGUUAAAA